AUGCUUCUCCCUCCCCCUUUCACACUACAGGCGAAAUUUCUGUCCCAGGAUCAAAUUAAUGAGUUCAAGGAAUGUUUUUCUCUGUACGACAAGAAACAAAAAGGCAAGAUAAAAGCCUCCGACCUGAUGGCAGUGAUGCGGUGCCUGGGAGCCAGCCCCACGCCAGGAGAGGUGCAGAGACACCUACACCUGCACAAGAUCGAGAGAAACGCUGAGUUGGAUUUCUCCACUUUCCUGAAUAUAAUGUACAGGCAGAUGAAGCAGGAGGAACCCGAGAAGGAAAUCCUCACGGCCUUGUCCAUGAUAGACACGCAGAAGAGAGGCGUUAUCACCGUUUCGGAGCUGAGAGCCAAACUAACAAGACUUGGAGAAAAGCUUUCUGAGGAAGAAGUUGAUGACCUGCUAAAAGAAGCCAAAGUUGGACCAAAUGGAACAAUAAAAUAUGAAGAAUUUGUCCGCAUCAUUUGUCUUCCUACAGUCGACUACUGA